CCAAAUCAUACAACCAGGACAAGCCCAAACCGGUCCCAACCGUAGUCACCGCGGCUAAGCCUCGAACGCCCAAGGCCAACACACUCGCACCAAAAGAAAGCGCAGCUGUAGCGCACACAACAGAGGCCAAGCGAAAGACACCCUUUGCGAACACGGAUCUGCGCAAUGCGGGUAUGUAA